AUGGCACGCGAAGGGACCCGCUCUGCUACCGGCAACUCCAAGCCGCGCAUCUUCCAGACCAUCGAUACCCAACCUGCCGUUAAGCGCACGACCAAGCCCAAGAAGACUCCGACCACGGCUACUACCACCACCAAGGAACCCAUCACUGCCAAAAUCAAGGGCGCAAAACCUGCUGGUGUCAGCAAGCCUGCAAAGAAGGAGAGCGUUGGCGCCAAGGUCAAGGCGACUGCCAGCAAAGUAGCAGCAAAGGUCAAGGGCGAGGAGGCCAAGACAAAGAAAGCCACCAAGCCCAAGGCUGCUGCUGCCGUCACCAAGUAG